GACUUUCCGUCCACGAUAGCGCUCGGUGGCACUCCGGAUUUUGACGCGGCGCGGCGUCUGCUAUGACAGUCGGUCCGGCGGUAGCGUCCGAAGCGUGUCUGUAAUUUCGAAGGGCUCUCAGACGAGCUUGAACGAGUGGAACGAGACUGCCGCAACGCGAGACAAAACGAGAGAAACGCAGACGCAUCGUACAGACCAGCAUAGGCCGUGAUGUCUUCGCCGUCCCGACUCGAACUCGACGAAACAGCUGUGGAGAACUUUCGCGAGUAUUUGCGAAUACCAUCGGUGCAUCCGGACAUCAAUUACGAUGAAUGCGUGGCAUUUCUAACUAGACAGGCACAGUCUCUCGAUUUGCCGAUUAAGGUCUACCAUGUGCAUCCUAAAAAACCGAUUGUGGUGCUUACGUGGGCGGGAAUUCAACCAACGAAACCGGCAAUUCUCUUGAACAGCCACAUGGAUGUCGUACCCGUGUUCGAGGACAAAUGGACCUAUCCGCCGUUUAGCGCUCACAUGGACGAGCAGGGCAAUAUUUAUGCUCGCGGCAGUCAGGAUAUGAAGUGCGUGGGAAUACAAUAUUUAGAAGCGAUACGCAGAAUGAAAUUAAACGGCCAACGCUGUCAGCGCACCAUUCACAUCUCCUUUGUACCUGAAGAAGAGAUCGGCGGUGUCCUCGGAAUGAAAGACUUCGUGCCGACCGCGGACUUUAAGGCCCUGAACGUCGGCUUCGCUUUGGACGAAGGUGUAGCUUGUCCGCAGGAAAACUUCUACAUGUUUUACGGAGAGAGAACAAUCUGGCACGUGGGAAUAAAAUGCGCCGGCAGUCCCGGCCACGGCUCGCUUCUGAUAGACAACACGGCUGGAGAGAAGCUCCGAGUCAUAAUCGAUCGUUUUAUGGACUUGAGAGACACGGAAAGAGCGAAGCUAAAGGAAUUCAAGAAUCCUGGCGCACUUGGAGAUGUGACGACCGUGAAUCUUACGAAAAUUUGGGGUGGCGUACAGACUAACGUUUUACCUAUCGACCUUAAUGCCAUGUUCGAUAUUCGUUUACCACCGUCUGUCGAUCACGAGGAGUUCGAGGCUACCAUCAAACGCUGGUGCGAAGAAGCUGGUCCAGACGUAACUUACUAUUUCGAGGAGAAAAAUCCGAAAAUCGAGAGCACCAAGCUCGACAAUUCUAAUCUAUUCUGGCUCGCUUUUAAGGAGAUUUGUGAUGAAAUAGGCGUCGAGCUGGAGAUUGGUAUCUUCCCAGGAGGCUCAGAUAGUCGUUUUGUGCGUCAGGUGGGCAUUCCCGCUCUCUGCUUCUCACCAAUGAAUAAAACGAAAAUACUUCUUCAUGAGCACGACGAAUAUUUGAACAAAGAUAUAUUCUUGAAGGGAAUAGAGAUAUAUACCAAAAUAAUACCGGCUGUUGCAAAUGUUUAAACGAGCGUGCGAUAUAUCGUACUGUACAAUAUCCCAAAGGUGCCAUAAUCGAGCAUUUAUAGUUCAUUGCAGCUCAUUUGAUAACGAUACGUGCAAUUAUACGUGCAAUAACACUAAGUCAACAUAUAUAUAUAUAUAUUUCUAUAUAUUAUUUACAUAUUCAUUGUACAAUUUUAAGAGUUUAUCACUGUUGGAUAUCUAUUCUCAAGAAUCUUCUCGACUGAUGUAAAAUAAUGAAAAAAAGACUGCAGAAGAAAGUUACACAAAGACUUAUACGGUGCAAGAAAUAUGAAUAACGAUUUAAGUUUCAACAAUUACGGAUAAACUAUAAAGAUAAAGAAGCAAAGCUAAUGCAUAACAAGGAGAGUGACAAGCACAAAAUAUUAUAGAAUAUCACUAAAAUACGUAAAAAAAAGGAGAAAAGAAAUUGCGAAUGUAACAAAGUUGAAGAUAGUACAAGACAAUUUGACGGCAUAAUUGUUGAAAGUCAACGAGAAUUUAUAUUAGUUAUUAUCCGAAUAAUGCAUGGGAGUGACGGAUGCUACAAAUAUUGCUACAAAUAUUUAGCGUCAGGAAGAAGCAAAUAUAUUAUAUCGUUGUAUACUCUGUAAAGAAAUUCCCAAUGUGAGGCAACCGAAUGUAAAAUGUAUCACAAUGUUAUCUUGAAGAAAUAUUUUCAUACAAGUGAAGAAACUUAUUCCUUUGAGAGACAAGCUUGGAGCAUCGAAGAAAUCAAAACAAUAAUUGAUAUAUAGACUGAAAGAAAUUACUAAAUAAAUCGAAAUGUGAUUAUAUGCGUUGUAAUAGAUAUUUUAAAAAGUAUUGCAGAGAUAAAUAAGAUAUGGAAAAAUAUUAUACGAGAGAAAGAGAGAGAUACAAGAGUUAUAUGUAGAAAUAACAGGUAUGGACAAAAUAUAACAUGGAGAAAAAA